CAUAAUUCAAACCAUGAGAAAAACCAGAACUGAUUGCUGUGAGCUCACUCACAUUCCACUAAAUAAAAUGAGUGUGACUAGUUCACAUACACAUGUUGUAUAGGUUUGUGUUAUAGUUUGACUCUGCGGUUUUUAUCAGCUCCAUCCUUACAAUCUCACAGACUACAUGACCCCUGCAGUUUCCGUUUACUGGUCACCUGUCAAUCAGUCACAAACGAACGAAUCUCCGCCCACGUGUUGACGGACAGCAGGCUGAUCAAAUCAAACGCACUCUGUGCCCUCGUGUCACGUAGAAACUCCGUGGACACUGCGUGUGCGCGCUACACGGGACUUGCAUCACCUCUGAAGCACAGUGUUUUAUUUUGAAAGCUGUAAGCGGAAGUGAUCUGCGUAGCCUCCAGCUGGACGCAGCGGGGAUGAGCGGUGUCCUGUGACGGGAGCUAAAGAUGGAGCCGUCAGAAAACCCGUCAGUCGGCGUGGAGCCGGAUGCUACACCGACCCCCGCGGCUCUGGACACCGCAGUGCUGCUGCUGGGAGCGGGAGUGACAGCCGUCACACACCCGCUGCUGUACGUGAAGCUGCUAAUACAGGUGGGACAUGAACCUCUUCCUCCAACUGUGGGCACAACGAUGUUUGGAAGAAGAGUCUUAUACUUACCUGGCUUUUUCUCCUAUGCACAGCACAUUGUGAAGGUGGAUGGAAAGAGGGGACUCUUCCGUGGCUUCGCACCUCGUAUCAUAACCAGCGCCAUCUCCACCAUAGUCAGGAGCAACGUUAAACAGCAGGUGGAGUUUAGAGCCAAGAGAGACGACCUUCAGACCUCACUCAGGAAAGUGGUUAAAGAGACCACACAUGAGAUGAUCAUCCAGUGCCUGUCCAGAAUAGCCACUCAUCCUUUUCAUGUCAUGUCAGUGCGUUGUAUGGCCCAGUUUGUUGGCAGAGAGGUCAAGUACAGUGGGAUGAUCAGUUGUAUUACCAACAUAUUUAAGGAGGAAGGAGUUGCUGGAUUCUAUGUAGGUCUCAUACCCCACGUGCUGGGAGAGGUCCUCUUCCUGUGGUGUUGUAACCUCCUCUCUCACCUUAUUAAUACCUACGCUGUAGACGACUGUUUCAGUCAGGCCUCAGCAGUAAGAAGCUACACUAAGUUUGUGAUGGGAAUUGGAGUGAGUAUUCUCACAUAUCCGUUCAUGUUGGUGGCCGAUCUCAUGGCAGUCAACAACUGCGGUCUGGCUGCAGGUCUUCCUCCGCACUCUCCCAUCUUCAAGUCCUGGCUGCACUGCUGGAGUCACCUGAGCCACAAGGGUCAGCUCUACAGAGGAUCGAGCUUCUUUUCCCGCUGGGUGCCUGUCAGCUCCCUGCCCUCCAUCGAGAACUGACAUCAUCACCGUCACCCUGCUGGGACGUUCAUCCUUCUCUUGCCGUCAUCCACUUUUAGCCGGAGCAGCAGAGACUCAGUUUCUCUCGUGCCAUCAAACCUUUUCUCACAGCAGCUUUGGUUUGGUUUCAGUGAGGCGAGGAGGGAGCUCGUUCUGAACUACAUCGCAGUGUUUUGUUCUCGACUGCAGCGUCCACCUCUGAUGUCAUGUCCUACUCUCCAGUAUUCUCAUCAACAACCCUCAACCAACGUUUCCAUGGACAGCAGACAGCAACUGUUCUAACCUACGACGAGUACAAUGACCAGCUGAUGGUCACAGGGAGAGGAUCACAGGCAGCACAUGUCAGACACAUCGUGUUGACUCUUGUUUGAGAUCGUUUGCAUUGAGCUGUGCAGAUUUUGCAUAACACUGUGUUAUGCAAAAAUAUUUCCACAUAUUGUUUUCCGGGUCAGAUUACAUAAAGCAAGUUCCACAAGUUAAAUGUUCACGUUGUUAAGGAAAUUGAAUGGAAACCAAUGGCUGCAUGAUAUGGUUGCAUGGCGUGCUUUUUAAACCCAGACGGACACAGGACACCCAGCAUCAGGAGGCUUUGUGAGUGCAGGUGUGAACAGUGUCUUUGUUCCUGUUUGUGGAAAGAGUGUGUGUCUAGUUCUACUGAGACUAUAUAAAGCGUUCAUUUUUUAAGGUGUGUGUGU